AUGGACUCGGUCAAAUUACGGAAAUUAUGUUUUAUGACUUUAUUUGGGGGUUAUGUGCUAAUGAUUGUGAAACACAUGAAACAGGAAUACGUCAUCUAUCGGCAGAGGUGCGAACAGUUAAAGUUUGAUCGGGAUAAGAGAGCCAAUAAUCUCAUCUACAAAGCGAGGAACAUCUAA